CGAUGUACUGGUUGUUCUUGUUGGUGUUUUUUGUGCUAUUGUCCUGCUAUUGGCAUAUUUGCUGGAAAAAAUGUCGCAUGUAUCAGCUGACGGCGAAAAUACCCGGAACGGUGGAGAUUCCGUUUUUGGGGUCGAUACAUCUGUUCUUAUUCGACAGAAAUUUAUUCUCGGUGCUCAAUAAACUGCCCAGAGGGAUGCGCAAAGCUUGGCUUGGUCCAACAUUGUUUGUUAAAUUUGAUCAGCCGGAGGAUUUCCAGGUGCUGCUUAACUCUCCGAACUGUUUGGAUAGGCUGUUUGUCUAUGAUUUUGUUAAUAUCAAACGAGGAAUUUUGACCACCACUGACGUAAAUCACUGGCAUCGAGUUCGGAAGGCUGUAAAUCAAACCUUUUCACCGGCCGUCAUGAACCAGUUAACUCCUACAUUCAACAAAACGGGCCGGAAACUAAUUGAAAAAUUCGACACUUUUUCCGGCCAAGGACUCAGUAAUGUAGGGAAUUUGUUGAAAAUUUUUGCAUUCGAAUCAAUGUGCAAAUCCGUAAUGUUGUUUACUGAGGAAGAGUAUUCGAAAUUCAGCUCAUCGACGGAUGUUUCGAAAUUUUUCGAUGAAAUCCACGAGUAUUUCGAUCUAGUUGACAAACGAUUUUGUGCUCCCUGGGUGUAUCCCGAUUGGUGUUACAACCUGACUUUGAAUGGAAUAAACUUUAACAGAGUAUUAACCUCACUUCGGAAUUCUACCAGUAAGAUCACUGAUACAUUGAAAGCGAAAAAGUUGCAACGUUCUUCAGCACCAACAUAUGCCGAAAAGAUUCUAUCCCUGACACAAGAUGGUCAACUACCCCCAGAAGAUUUUCCCGACCACAUAGAUACUAUGCUUGUUGCAGGUGUCGAAACCAGCGGAACAAUCAUCCAAGAGUUCUUGCUCAUGGUAGCCAUCUAUCAAGAUGUGCAGGAACGUCUUCAUCAGGAAAUCCAAUCCGUUUGUCCCCUUAACCCUGAGGAAAACAUAACCCAACAACACCUAGCAAACAUGCCUUACCUGGAGAUGGUUCUGAAGGAAGUCUUGCGUCUCUUUCCGAUAACAGUUGGAACAGGUCGUUUUGUGACCGAUGACAUUAAUCUUAAUUCCUGCGUCAUACCCAAAGGAGCCAACAUCUACCUGAGCUUCUUCAAGAUUCAUAGGGAUCCUCAGCUGUGGGGUCCGGAUGCCGAUCAGUUCAAUCCGGAUCGUUUUUUGCCGGAACAGAGCUUCAGGAGGCAUCCUUACGCGUACGUUCCCUAUGCAGCAGGUCAGCGGAAUUGUCUGGGCAUUAAAUAUGCCCAGGCAAUUAUUAAGAUCACCGUGGUUUAUCUCUUGAGGGAGUUUCACUUGAGAACGCCCCUCGCCUUCGACGACAUUCGGUUGAAGCUCUCCACUACGCUGUAUAUUGAAAAUGAUCCCAAUUUCAUCGUCGAGAGAAGAAGAAAAUGA